AUGGAGGGGUGGACGGAUGGAGGGGGAGGAUUCCUGUAGUGGGAGGGAGGGAGGGAGGGAGGGGUGGUGCUGAAUGAACAGCUCCUCUGCUCAUAAAGUAAUCAGAGAGCUCCCCUGCUCCGUCAGAGUAGCACAGCCAUGAGCCAGCCGAGCUCCCCGUCCUCCAGACCCGCGCUGACACUCCGCCCGUCCGCCCCCUGACACGCACCGCGCACGCACCAUGAAGAGGCAAAACGUGAGGACCCUCGCCCUCAUCAUCUGCACCUUCACCUACCUGAUCGUCGGCGCUGCGAUCUUCGACGCGCUGGAAUCCCUGAAGGAGACGAGGCAGAGGAACGAGCUGGACCGCAGGAAACUGGAGCUGCUCCAGACGUUCAACUUGUCCGCGGAGAACUUUGACGAGCUGGAGAAGGUGGUGCUGCAGCUGAAGCCGCACAAAGCCGGGGUGCAGUGGAAAUUCGCCGGCUCGUUUUACUUCGCCAUCACUGUGAUCACGACCAUAGGAUAUGGCCAUGCAGCCCCCAGCACAGAUGGAGGGAAGGUGUUCUGUAUGCUCUACGCCCUCCUGGGCAUCCCUCUCACCUUGGUCAUGUUCCAGAGCGUGGGCGAGAGGAUCAACACCUUUGUCAGGUAUCUGCUCCACCGCCUGAAGAAGUGCCUUGGCAUGAGGAAUACUGAGGUCUCCAUGGCCAACAUGGUGACCAUCGGUUUCAUAUCCUGCAUGAGCACACUGUGUGUAGGGGCACUGGCCUUCUCCCACUUUGAGGGAUGGAGCUUCUUUCAUGCCUACUACUACUGUUUCAUCACGCUCACCACCAUCGGCUUCGGGGACUAUGUGGCGCUGCAGAACAAGCAUGCUCUGCAGACCAAGCCGGAGUACGUGGCCUUCAGCUUCAUCUACAUCCUGACGGGUCUGGCUGUGAUCGGCGCCUUCCUCAACUUGGCGGUGCUGCGUUUCAUGACCAUGAACGCCGAGGAUGAGAAGAGGGAUGCGGAGCAGAGAGCACUCCUCGCUCACAACGGUCAGGCAGGUGGACACAUUACCUGCUCGGUAGACCCGGCCUCCUCCUCCUCCACACCACCUGGGUGCGGCGGAGGGAGCGCAGUGGGAGGCAGCGGGGGAGGAGCGGCAAGCCGAGGCCUGCGUAAUGUUUACGCUGAGGUGCUCCACUUCCAGUCCAUGUGCUCCUGCCUUUGGUACAAGAGCAGAGAGAAACUGCAGUACUCCAUACCCAUGAUCAUCCCACGUGACCUCUCCACCUCGGACACCUACAUGGAGCAGGGAGAGGCCUUUUCCAACCCCCUCCAUUCUAAUGGCUGUGUGUGUAGCCUGCAGCGUCACUCUGGCAUUAGCUCAGUUUCCACUGGCCUGCACAGCAUCAACACCUACAGAAGACUCAAUAAACGCAGAAGCUCCAUCUAAACGAGGAGGACUUCCUGCUUUAAGGUCAAGUCCCACUCAGGGGAACGCAGCUCUAGUCCUAAAGAAACAUGGUACUCCUGAUGUUUGCUUCUUUCUGGUGUUGAGGAGCCUGGUGCUGCAGACUGCAGCCAUGUAUUUAACUUCCAUUAGCUAAGCACAAACUAUUUAGAACCUAACAUGGUUACUGAUGCCACUGAGAAAUAAUGCUAAUGGUUGUUUAAGAAGCAUGUAUUACACAGACUCUGAAACUUUUUCUGUUGGGGAAAAAAUAAUGUGCAGUUCUCUCUGCACCUCUGAAUUCUGAUAUUAAAAAUCAUAAUAUUGAAUUCAACUAGUUCUUUCUUCAUAAGACAGAAUUUGGUGUUCUAAUAUGAAAAGGAACAAAAUACACUGUGAGACAUGUUUUUAAGAGGGAUUAGGGGUGUAUUAACUGUAUAUAAUUCCCCGCUAAGAAAUAUUUUAUUGAAUACUCUUAAAUCCAAUUUUUUCAAAAAGACUUUCCAACAGGAAAUCUUUGGUUGUAAGUAUUAUACUCACUACAGAAAUGUGUAUAUAUUUGGACUCUUCACUAGCAGGUGUUAUUGAGGGAAAGCCUAUUUUUUCAGUGAAAGUUUUCAAAAAAUAAUAAUAAUCUCAGUGUCUUCUCCUGUGUGUCUGUAACUGAAGUUCAGGUUCAAGCCAAAACGCUCUGAUCUGCUUUAUGUACUUUCCUUCCAUUACAGGCUUUUAAAUGACAGUUUUGAUUGAGAAUAAGCAGGUAACGGCUCAAACGUCUUGCUCGAGACCGGGACACUCGCAGCUGUUGUGGGGGGAUCGAACCCUGUGACAGUGUCUCUAACCACUACGCCUCCCUGCCGCUCCUCUCAGACCUCACUGUAUUUUUGUACAAAUCUCUAUGAAUUUCUUUUUCAUAGUUUCUUCCCUUGCAUCAAAGUAUUUUACGCACUUGUCGCUUGUCAUAUGUUUUCAUAUAGCACACUUAUAUUCAGACUCAUUUUAACUUAGAGCAUGUUAGCUCAGUUUGUGCAUAGUAGAAAGUCAUAUUUUAUUCACUGCUGCACCUUAGAAGACUAUUGUAUAUGCUUUAGGACACUGGAAUUCAGUGCACUAUUUUAUUUUAUUAUAUUUUUUAAAUGGAAUCAUUAUGUUUUGUUAUGGAAAUGAUAUGUCCUAAUUAAUUCUUUCUUCUGUUAUUAGCCUGAGAUAUUUGAAUUAAUACUCUGUGUUUGUGGGUGAUUCAGAAUAAUAGCAGUACACCUCACUAAUACAUGGCCUCAGAGUUUGCACCUCAUGCACUUAGGGGGUAUUUUUUGCUCCAAACCCCAAAUAACACACUUGAUUCAGCCAUCUGAGGUCUUUAUACAGUGUUUAUUUUGUUUAUGUUUUAGUCCUCCAAAGGAGUUAUCGUACAUAAUCAUUGUUUUAUUUUAUUUUUUUAGUUUUACUCAACAAUGUCUCAAAAUGUUAGUCAUAUCACAUUCAUUUCGGUCACAUUUUCGUCUUUUUUUUUUUUUUUUACUGGAAUGUUUUUAUUAACUGCAAUAUGCCUGUUAAUGUUGUUCAACAUUUCUCAAUAACUGAUAGAGGGACUGCUAUGUGUGUGGCUAUACAUUUAAAGUAUGUUUUUUUCUUUGACAAUAAU